AUGAAUGGGCCGAAUGGGCCGCACACUACCCCUCCGCCAGAGGGGGGCUCGGGAGUGCUAGGCGCGGCCUUGAACGCUCUCCGGCAACCGCCUGGCUUAAGCGGUAGCUCCAUCAAUCCUGGUCAGCUCAGCUUGUUCUUGCAGCAGCUGCUUGCGGAUGGCGAUGGCAACGAAGCUCCCGUCUUGGGCCGAUCACAGAGAAGAGCGCUCGUGGCGACGGCGGUAGAGCGCGUGGGACCUGAAGGCUUCUCGAGAGCGUUCGUAGAUGCGUUGGGUAACCUGAGGAUCAACAAGAGUCUUCCAGCUUUCCUGGCUGAUUUGGGACCGAACGCCCUGCCCUCUGCAGAGGUCGUCCGUGCACUGUUCGCAAGGUUUGGCGUCACCGACUCUUCUCCGCCUGACGAGCGUUCGGUAGCUCACCUAUUCGCCGGACUUUUACUUGUUCCGCAAGACGACCUUGGGUCGGAAGGUGUGACAAAUUGGACCGCUCUUGUGCGUGGUCUAUCGACCCUUCGCCAGCCCAUCUCAUGGCCCAGGGCGGUGAGAUCGAUGGACGAUCUCGAGGGCUUCAAGCUUCCCCCAGGCACUCGUAUGGAAGGUCUGGCAGCGGCACUACUUGCAGCUCCACACGAGGCUUCCACCUCACCAGCCGUCGCCGGACUGUGGGGACCGUGGACGCACAAGAGUCUACAAACCAGCAUCCUCGCUGGCCUGCUGGCCCUUGACGCCGAUACAUUCUCCUUCUCAGCCCUGCCAGGACGACGUAUCGUGACCUCCCAAGACGUUGCGCAAGCCAGUGCCACAGUCAGACAGCUGGCUGCAGCGGCAGAAGGCAGUACGUGGAACUCUCUUGACCUGACCGAGACUCUCAUCCUGCUCUCAUCUGAAGAGCAGCCCGAAAUUCGACACGGCGUGACUCAGCUCCUGGAGCGUUUCGUCAAGGAGAGCCCAGAACUCCUCCUCAUAAGUCUUUUACAGAUCCCCGAGCCUUGGACCGGCAUUCACGUAGAACUCGCUCAGCGACUUCUCGGCAUGUUCUUUGCCAGCGCUCCUGGUCACCAGCUCGUCUUCUACAUUGCCUAUCAGACCAACCGCAACUUCAUCUUGCAAGCUCUGGUUAGAAGCUACCUCGCAAACCCAGGUCACAUCACUCGGAUCGUGGAUAUUGCUCAGGAUCUGAAGGCGCUACCGGAAUUGCUCGAAGUACGUGCUGAACCCCAGAAGCCAUUCGCCUUCGCUUUGGAAGUCGCAGCUCUGGCCUCGAGACGCGAAGUGCUUAAUGCCGACUUGUGGAUCGAUCGGAUGAUUCUGGAACACCGCGCCACGUUCAUGAGGGCCACAUUAGACUUCUUGGGAGAGAAGUUGAGGGAAGAGUUGGCCUUGCAGGAGCAAGACCCGUCCCAGCAACAGCCCCAAAAUUUCGUUGCUCCCUCCGUUCAGGUGGUCGCUACUUUCCUCCGCAGGAUGCGGUCUCAUGGAGAAAGUAUGUCCGCUGAAGACAUCGAAGCGUUCAAGAUGGUCCGCAAUCUGGCUCUACAGCUGCACCCUCGCCUGCUGCCCAUUCGUACAUCUAGCAGCCAGGAGCCUCUCAUGGAGGUGGCUCAGUUCGCGCCAGAGAUGCACGAUGAGUGCGACGAGACCUUUGGAAGGAUGUACAAGCAAGAUUUGAGCGUAGAGGACGUAGUCAGGAUCUUGCAGCAGCUGAAGGCUUCGGAGGCACCCAGGGACAAUGAGCUCUUCGCUUGCAUGGUGCACACGCUCUUCGAUGAGCAGAGGUGGAUCAGAAGCUAUCCUCCUACCGAGCUCAAGCUCACUGCACAUCUCUUCGGUGAUCUUAUUCAGCACUCACUGAUCGACUAUGUGCCCCUGGGCAUUGCCAUUCGAGGCUGUCUAGAUGCGCUCAGGAGUCCCCCGGGGUCCCCGAUGUUCGAGUUCGGUCUCGAGUCGCUGACCCGCUUCCAGAGCAGACUGCAGGAGUGGCCACAGCUUGCGCAAGCUUUGCAGGCCCUGCCUCCCAAUCAGGAAAUCGCUGCAGUGCUCGAACGCGCUGCUCAGAGCGAGGUCGGCCAAAGAGCGAUCGAGUCGGGCACUCUUGUGACGAACAAAGUGGCCGGAGCGGAAGAAGCGGAAACAGCUCGGCAACACUUCACUGCGAUUAAGCCUGGUCCAAUCCCUGACGGCGGUAGCGAGGAACAGACUGAGCCAAAUGAGGCAGUCUCGGACAAGGUGCUGUUUGCAAUCAACAAUCUGUCCCCCUCCAAUUUGGACAGCAAGUUGGCCGAGAUCAAAGGUGUCCUCACGCCAAGCAUCUACGCCUGGUUCGCCCACUACCUCACCCUAGAGCGAUGCCAGCUUGAACCAAAUUUCCAUGGUCUUUACCUUCGCUUUCUAGAGGCAGUAGCGGAUGCCAAUCUAGAUGCCCAUGUUCUUCGCGAGACACUUGCGCUCUCGCAGCGACUCAUCAACUCAGAAGCUGCAUUUACCACUCUUCAUUCCCGAAAGGCUUUGCAGAAUGUUGGGUCUUGGCUUGGUCUCAUUACUCUUGCACGUGACAAGCCUAUUCGAUUCAAGAAUUUCGAUUUCAAGACUUUACUCCUCGAAGGGUACGACUCUGGCAGACUCAUCGUUGCCGUUCCCUUUGUCGCCAAGGUGCUAGAGCAAUGCGCCAAGUCGCGAGUGUUCAAGCUGCCUAAUCCAUGGCUCAAUGCAGUGCUCCGAGUGCUUGCAGAGCUUUACCAACUUCCGGAGCUCAAGCUCAACUUGCGCUUCGAGAUCGAAGUUCUCUGCAAGAGCUUGGGAGUCGACCUCAAAGAUAUCCAGCCCUCUUCCAUCAUCCGCUCGCGUGAGCUGAUGCCGCCCCAAGCAGCGCACGGCCCAGGAGUCCAGCAGCAGCAACAGGCCAUUGCAGGAGUCCCUACUGGCGAGAUGGAGCGACUUGGGCUGGCAAACAUCGCGGCGCAGUCUGUUCAAGACCAGCAGCGCCGCAGCGGCUCUGGCCCUGGCCAGCUUCCCGGAGCACCUCAGCAGCAACAAGCCGGGUCCCAGCCUGGAGCCGGCAUCGCCCCUGGAGUACCACCCUCGGCAGUGUCUGCUGCAGCUGCCAAUGCAUAUGCAGAGUCUCUGGCGAACAUGCUGCAGAACUUACCUCACUAUGUUCAGAUCAACCCUCAGCUCACUUUAUUCCAGAACAGCCAGUACAAGCGCUUCGUCCAUGCUGCCAUCGACCGAGCCAUUCGCGAGAUUAUCGCUCCCGUUGUAGAGCGCUCGGUCACAAUUGCCUCUAUCUCCACGCGUGAGCUGGUGACCAAGGACUUUGCCAUGGAAGGCGAUGAGCUCAAGAUGAGGGAGGCAGCGCACCAGAUGGCUGCCAAUCUCGCGGGCAGCCUGGCCCUGGUCACCUGCAAAGAGCCUUUGAGGAUGAGCAUGGUCAACCACGCCAAAGCCCUGUUCCUUCAGGGUGGCUUCAACGAGCAGACUUUGCCUGAGCAGGCCUUGGCUGGUAUCAUGCAGGAUAACCUCGAGCUUGCUUGCUCCGUCAUCGAGAAGGCAGCCAUGGACAAGGCCAUGCCAGAGGUCGACGAGGGUCUCGCUCCUGCCUAUGGGGCACGGCGUGACCACCGGCAACGCAGUCGUGGCUUUUUCUGGGACGCCGGAGCUCUUACCCUUUCUCAGUAUGUCUCCAGCCUCCCUGAUGGCCUACGUCUCCAGCCAGAAGGUCUACAGUCUCAGCAGCUUCGCGUCUACCAGGACUUUGGCAACUUCACCCGCACGCACACACCAGGAGAUCCUGAGGAAGAACGAGCCCCUACUGGAAACCUCGCUGGCGCGCCCACAUCGGUCGCUGCCCUGUCACUUGGACCUGCUCACGAAUAUGCAAUCGAUGGCAGCCAAGGUGUGAUGCUGACUGCGCAACAGAGCAUGGAGAAGUUCGGCCAAUGCGUUUUAGAGAUCGAGCGUCUGCUCUCCCAGGCCGGACCGGACGAGUCGAUCACAAGUCUACCCCAGGGCCAUGAACUGAGGGACGUUGUUCGACAGGUUCCUGUCAUCGCUUCGCAAUCAGGCAACCGUGACGAGGCUGCUAUGGCCUUCUCUCAAAAGGUAGUCCAGCUCCUGUUCAAGAGCCAGACGGCCUUGGCUCGAGACGUCUACGUCAUCCUCCUCGAGAGGUUGUGCGAAGUCUCGUUGAAGGUCGCUCGGGAGGUCACAGACUGGCUGGUAUAUGCUGAAGACGAGCGCAAGUUCAAUGUGCCUGUCUCUGUCAGCCUGAUUCGCGCUGGUCUGAUGAACAUUACUCAGACCGAUGUGCAGCUGGCCAAGUUUAUCGUGAGGGACUGGAAGCCGUCGAUGAUCGACUUUGCCGCCAAACUGGCCCUGGAGUGUCUGCGGGAGCCUGCAGUCGCCACUCGCGGCCAGCUGGCGAAUGUCACAGAAGCGCUCGACAGGGCGGUCCAGCAAGACAAAGCCACCCCUGCUGCCACGCAGUUCAUCGAGGAGCUCAAGGGUGGUGGUCUCAGUAAGAGCAAAGCUGACCUUGCCAACAGUGGUCUGAGGGAGCAGCUCGCCUUCUGCUUUGCCGAGUGGGUACGCCUGUACCAGCACUCGCCCAAUGCCGAGAAGUCCUUCAUCGACUUUGUGACCCAGCUGCAGUCGCAGGGCAUCCUUAAGGGCGAGGAGAUCUCUUCGAUGUUCUUCCGAGUGUGUACCGAAGUCGGUGUCGACAGCUACAUCAAGCAGAAGGCUGCAGGUGGCUCCCUGGCGACUGGUAUCUUCUCACCUGUUGAUGCCUUCUCCAAGAUGAUUGUACUCAUGAUCAAGUACCAUGCAGAUCCCUCUGGAGCUAAUCACGAGCAAGCCAAGGUUCACUAUCUGACCAAAAUCUUAUCUAUCGUGGUCUUGGUGCUGGCCCAGUCUCACGAGGAGCUCGGUCCUCACUUCCAGCAGAAGCCCUUCUUCCGCUUGUUCUCGACGUUGCUUCACGACUUGCAGUCAGUCGAGGGCAGCUUGCAGACGACGUACUUCCAGACUCUUCUGGCCAUCAGCAACACCCUUAAUACGCUUCAGCCAUCAUUCUUCCCCUCAUUCACCUUCUCGUGGAUGAGCCUGAUGUCCCACAGGCUGUUCAUGUCUAAGCUGCUGUCCAACCGUCAGCACGGGUGGCCGGCCUUCCAUCGUCUCUUCUGCUCCCUGCUCCGUUUCCUCGCUCCCUUCUUGCGAAACGCUGAGCUGCAAGAGACGUCAAGGAGCUUGUACCGAGGUACGCUGCGUAUCUUCCUGGUACUCUUGCAUGACUUCCCCGAGUUCCUGGCAGCAUACCACCACAGCCUGUGCGAUCUGGUGCCCGAGUCGUGCAUCCAGAUGAGGAACCUCGUCCUCAGCGCUUUCCCUCGCGAUCGUAGGUUGCCUGACCCCUUUGCUCAAAAUCUCAAGAUGGAUCAAUUGCCAGAGAUUCAGAAUGCUCCACUACUGCUUUCCGAUUACUCGGCUGCUCUGUCCCAAGGUGGGCAAGGCUUCAAGCAGGCCUUGGAGGCUUUCCUGCAGACGAGGCCGUCCGGAUCCCCCUUCCUAGGCUCUCUCAAGACGGCGCUCCUGCUGCCAGGCGCGGCUGAGGUGGAACAGCCUUCGUUUGAGCCGAGGUACAACAUCCCUCUGAUCAAUUCUCUGGUCAUGACGUCGGCCGUGUCAAGCCUUGAAAAGGCAAGCAACCUUCUCACCGGCUCGGAAGCAGACGCCACGCUGGACAUCCUCCAAGCAUGCAUGAAGGAUCUCGACCCAGAGGGACGUUUCUACAUCCUGACUGCCUGUGCCAACCAGCUACGAUUCCCCAGCAGUCACUCUGCUUACUUUAGCUACGCCAUCCUCUUCCUCCUGGCCAAGACGGACAGCGAGGAAGUCAAGGGCCAGAUUCUGAGGGUGCUCCUGGAGAGGGUCAUCGUCAAUCGUCCUCACCCAUGGGGAGUCCUCUGCACCACCUUUGAGAUGCUCAGGAACCGACGAUAUGUCCUCCCUGCCGGCAUCCCAAUGGAGAUUGAGAGACUUCUCGAUCACAUUCGGGCUGGUCUUGGAAACAGCAGCAAUGGCGGUGCCGCACUUCAGGGAGGUGAGGCAGGUGCCGAUGGUGCAGCUGCUUCACCAGCUGGACAGCAGCCGCAGACGCCUGGAGUGGCCCAGCAGUAG